AUGAUACAAAGAAGAUUAGCAUGGCCCCUACGCAAGGAUGACAUGCACAAAUCGAGAAAUGGUCCAAACCCUAAACCUUAA